CAGUGUCAGUUGCUGUGGGACAGAGACAGAGAGUAGGAGAGAGGGAAAGAGUGGGAAGUGUGUCAAUAGGAAUUCCAUUGAAAUGGAGUGCUUCAGUCUUUUUAUUCAUUUCUUAUUGGUGAACGUUGCCUCAGCUGGUGUGGAUGGAAUACACUGGACAUAUUCAGAAGGGGCCCUGGACCAGAAGCACUGGGCCAAGGAGUUCCCGGCGUGCGGUGGCCAGAAACAGUCCCCCAUUGACAUCCAGCGGCGUAACGUGCGACAUAACCCCAACAUGUUGCAGCUGGAGUUGAAGGGCUACGGUCCAAUGAAGGGCAAUUUUCUCAUGACGAACAACGGACACUCAGUUCAAAUCGACCUCCCCCCUAGCAUGGUCAUCACCAAUGGUCUCCCUAACAAAUACACGGCUGUCCAGAUGCACCUCCACUGGGGAGGCUGGGACCUUGAGGAGAGCGGCGCUGAGCACACUCUGGACGGCAUCAGAUACAUGGCAGAGCUCCAUGUUGUCCACUAUAACUCUGAAAAGUACAGCAGCUUUGACGAAGCCAGAAAUAAAACUGAUGGACUAGCAGUUCUGGCCUUCUUCUACGAGGAUGGUCAUUUUGAGAAUACCUACUACAGCGAUUUCAUCAACAACCUGGCCAAAGUCAAGUAUGCAAAACAGAGCAUGAACAUAUCCACCCUCAAUGUACGUUCCAUGCUGCCUGAGAACCUCAAUCAAUUCUUCCGGUACCAGGGUUCUCUCACCACGCCUCCGUGUUACGAAAGCGUCCUGUGGACAGUGUUCGACACGCCCAUCACCCUCUCUCACAACCAGAUCAGGAAGUUGGAGAGCACUCUGAUGGACAUGAACAACAAGACCCUGUGGAAUGACUACCGCAUGGCCCAACCUCUGAAUGACCGCGUGGUGGAGUCCUCCUUUCUGCCGCGUCUGGGGAAAGGCACAUUCUGCCGCCAAGAUGAAAUUGAGACAAAGCUUCUGCGCAUCGAGAGUCUGAUUAACUCUCUUGGAAAGCAAAUGCACUCAGUGAGCCGAGUGCUGUCUCCCAUGGUGCUUCACUUCCCAGAGAGGAACACGAGGAGCUACGCCAUGGCCCACCUGGCUCACCCCAUGGACCUGCAUUCCUUCACCGCCUGCAUGCAUGUGAAGACCCCUCCUGUAGGGAUCCACACUGUCCUCUCGUACUCAAGCCAGGGAAAAGACAACGAACUCAUGAUCUCCAUUGGAUAUGAGGUGGGGCUGUGGAUCGGUAACGAAUUCGUCAACCUUCCCCACAACUUCCACUCCCACGAGUGGGCCAACUACUGUGUCACCUGGUCCUCUCACUCAGGCGGGGCCGACCUCACCAUCAACGGACUGGUUGGAGAGGAGCAGUACAUCCGCGGGGGCUACACACUCAGUCCUGCCGGGGUCUUCAUCCUGGGGAAGGACCAGGACGGCUUCCUGGGGAUCUCCGACGCCGAUGCCUUCAUGGGCUACAUGACGGACAUCAACGUGUGGGACUAUGUGUUGACCGCGGCAGAGAUCCGGGAACAGAGGUCCUGCGAUAACAAGGUUCCUCUGAGGGGGAAUGUGUUUAGCUGGGGGGUCACCCCUCUGAGUCUCUAUGGGGGGGUGCAGCUGGAGACAGACUAUAGGUGUCCCUGAGGUGUGAAGUAGCCUCUUCAAGUUACACCAUUCAUUUAUCCCAAAAGGAAUUUUUGAAUUGCCUUGUUUAGGCUAAUUUAAAACAUAGCUUUGUUUAUAUUUAGCCAGAAUUGAUAAAAAUGACCUUUGGAAGAAAUGAAUGUUGUAAGAACGCCAAGAACCGCUUUUUUCAGUUUUGCCGCAAGGUUUGUGAUGACUCAUACUAUUUCAGUCAACAGAUCAUAAUAGAUCAGACCGCAUGAGCUUGCUGGAUCGCUUGGCCUAAUCACCACAGUGUCUCAGACCAGAAAACUGGGUGUCACUGCUGAGAACGGCCACAUCUUACCCUAAUCAUGAAACUUCAUGUAGAGUCGCCAGCCACAGUCUUGAUAACAGAAGAAAGGCAGUAAGUCUUUGGUUCCUGUGACACAGACAUGCAGUCGCCCUGAUGUUGCUGAGAUAUUUUACCACCGCAACACGUUCUAUGUAUACAGCUCUGGAAAAUAUUAAGAGACCACUGCACCUUAUUUGUUCCUUUCCAAAAAAGUUG